AAAUAAAUCAUUAUUAUUCAUUUUCGUUCUUUUUUCGCUCCCUUUAUUACAGCCACCGCCUUCACCUUUUUUUCCUUUCGCUCAUUCUUUCUCCAAAACCCUCUUCUUCUCUCGGUGUCUGCUAGGGUUAGGAUCUUGAUCUAUGGAUGCCCGCAAGAGAGGUAGACCUGAGCAUGGAUAUAACAACAAUGGCGGAUUCAAGAAAUCCAGACAAGAAAUGCAGUCCUUAUCAACUGGUGUAGGAAGCAAAUCGAAGCCAUGUACCAAGUUUUUCAGCACUUCUGGUUGCCCAUUUGGUGAGACAUGCCAUUUCUUGCACUAUGUUCCCGGUGGUUUUAAUGCUGUUGCCCAGAUGAUGAAUCUAACACCCGCAGCACCUCCUGCGCCCAGAAAUGUUGCAGCCCCACCACACGCACAUGCACCCAAUGGAUCUGCGCCAUCUGCUGUUAAAAGUCGCAUAUGCAACAGGUUUAACACUGCCGAAGGUUGCAAAUUCGGCGACAAAUGUCAUUUCGCCCAUGGUGAAUGGGAACUUGGAAAGCCUGUAGCUCUAUCAUUUGAUGAUCACCGUCACAUGGGACCCCCCAACGUAGGUCGUAUGGGUGGUCAUCGGAUGGAGCCUCCUCCUGGUCCAACUACCAGCUUUGGUGCCACUGCCACUGCCAAGAUCAGUGUGGAAGCUUCAAUGGCUGGAGCAAUCAUUGGUAAGGGGGGUGUGAACUCAAAACAGAUCUGUCGUCAAACUGGAGCCAAGCUUUCGAUUCGAGACCAUGAAUCUGAUCAAAAUCUUAGGAACAUUGAACUUGAGGGAACUUUUGAACAAAUUAAGGACGCAAGUAACAUGGUGAAGGAUUUACUGUUGACCCUGCAAAUGUCUGCACCACCUAAAACAACCCAAGGUCCUCCUGGUGCCCCUGGCCAUCAUCAUGGAAACCAUGGAAGCAACUUUAAGACCAAAUUGUGUGAGAAUUUUACAAAAGGAUCUUGUACUUUUGGAGAAAGAUGUCAUUUUGCACAUGGAGCGUCUGAAAUGCGAAAAUAAAGAUUCCACCUUAAUGAGGCAGUGCAUUAUCUUGUGAGUCAGGAUUAUUCUUAUGAUUAUUAUUGUUGUGCACUACUCAACUUAGGGUACUGACAGGACUUCUGAUGUUGAGAGUUUUGUUGUUUUUGAUUCCUUUAAAUAGCUACAAUAGCUUUACAGUUUCGUUCUCCCUUUAAUAUGAAUCCAUGCUCUCCCUCCUCA